AAUGCCUUCCAAAAAGAAAUUGAUUGAGCAAAGAAAAAAGUUUGAAGCUGAAAAGAAAAAAAAUGAGGAAAUGCAAGUCAAACUUAAAAAAGAUAAGCAUGACAUCAGCAAGUUAGUAUCAGAAGUUGACAUGUUGCUUGACAAAAACAUACUAUUUGGUAACCAAAACUCAGAGUUGACAAAUGACCUUAAAGAAUUAAAGGAAAAAACUGCAAGUCUACAAAAUCAACAUGAUUUGUUGCUUAUAAACCAUAAAGAACUUCAAGAAAAUUAUGACAGCUGCUCCCUUAGGCUCAAAGAACUUCAAGAAAAAUAUGAUAUUUUACUUUCCAAAAAUAAUGAAGACACAAUUGUAAUUGAAAAUAACAAGGUGGAAAUAGAAAGUCUUCAAGCUCGCCUUUCAGUUUUAAAAUCUUCAGAGAGCAUUAUUGAAGAUUUAAAUGAAAAUGUUAAAACACUAAACUCACAGUUGGAGAAUGAAAGACAAACUCACAAGAAUGAACUUGAAAAAGUAACAGAAAGCCAUGAUAACCAAGUAGCUUUAAUAAACCAAACACAUGCAGACAAGGUAGAAGCUAUACAGAAAGACCAAGAAAAUCAUGUAGCUUUAUUAAAAGAAAAACACAAAAUAGAGGUGGAAAAAAUAGUUAGUGAAAAGAAUGAAAAUGAAAAGUUAUUAAAAGAACAUCACAAAAAAGAAGUUGAUGAGUUAACAAAAGCAAAACAAGAUCAAGAAAUAUCACUAAAGCUCGCUCAUAAAAAUGAUGUUGAAGAAUUGACAAAAGUUCUCAAGGAUACAGAAACUUCAUUAAAGAUGAUACAUAAAGAUGAAGUUGAAAGUUUAAAAAAAGAGCUUGUAGAUCAAGAAAUUUUGUUAAAAAAUGCCCAUGAAUCAGAAGUAAAUAUAUUGAAAAAAGAGCUUGUAGACCAGGAAGUUGAAUUAAAAAAUGCCCAUGAAUCAGAGGUUAAUAUAUUGAAAAAAGAGCUUGUAGACCAGGAAGGUAUAUUAAAACAUGCCCAUGAAUCAGAGAUUAAUAUAUUGAAAAAAGAGCUUGUAGACCAGGAAGGUAUAUUAAAACAUGCUCAUGAAUUAGAAGUUAAUAAAUUUAAAAAAGAACUAAAAGAUCAGGAAGUUUUUUUAAAAACAUCACACGAAAAAGAAGUCAAUAAUUUGAAGAAUGAGCUUAAAGAACUCAACACUGUAUUAGAGGAAUCAAAUGAAAAAUAUGCUGAAAACUUAAAAAAUGAACUUGAAAAUCAAGAGUUUAUGCUUCAACAAGAGCACACAAAAAAUGUAGAAAGUUUAACAAAAAAUUAUGAAGAUAAAAUCUUUCUAUUAGAAUCAAAUCUUGAGGAAUGCAAAGUGAAAAUCAAUAAUAUUAAUAAGGAAGUUGAAGUACUUAAAAAUGAUUUAAAUGAAACAAAUAAAGAAUUAUCUACAACAAAUGAUUUGCUUAAUGAUACUAGAAAUACAUUGGAUAAACAAAAUGCAAAUGUAAUAUUAUUGGAAACAGAGAGGAUUGCAUUAAAAGAAGAAAUUGUGGUUCUUCAUGGCAUUGAUGAGGAAAAAAGCAAUUUGAUUUUGAAUUUACAAGAUAAACUUUCAGAGGUUGAGAUUUUGUUGUUACAAGAAAAAGAGUUGUGCCAUAAGCAAGAAAAGCAAAUUGAGGAGUAUAAGGUUUUAGAAAAUGAAAAAGAAAUCAUUGAAGCUCAAUUAGUUGACAUUAAAGACGAACUUGAUUGUAUUAAGACUGAGUUAGGAAAAACAAUUGAGUUGUUGGAAUCAACUAAGCGUACAUCUGAUGAAAGGUACUCACAGAUUAUAGAAAUGGGACUAGAGAUAUCUAAAUUAAAUAAUGAAGUUACAGCACUUUCUAUAAGUAAAAGAGAAAAUGAAGACAUAAUUAAUGGGCUCCGUAAUCAGCUUUUAAAGGAAACAAGUCUUUUGUUAAAGGAGCAUGAUCUGCGAAUGAAGCAAGAAAAGGAGCUAGAACAAUUAGUUACAGUUAAAGAAGAAAAAAAAAACAUUGAAGAAGAAAUGUAUCACAUGAAAAAACAGUUUGAAAUGAAAAACCUAAAGUUAAAGUUGCUAAGAGACAAAAUACAAAAUACUUCAAAUCAAAAAGAGAAAGCAGAAUCGUUCUUAUUCCUUCUUCCCGAAAUGCAAAAAAAAAUUGACUUUCUUGAUAAAGAAAAGCAAAAGUUGGAAAAAAACAUCGAAGAACAAGCUCAAAAAGAAAAAGAAAAACUUGCAAUGAUUGCAUUUGAAAAACAAGAGGAGGAGGAAAAGUUAAAGUUACAAAAAGAGGACUGGGAGAAAAGAAUGCUUGGAAUUGGUAGAUGUAUUCAUAGCGAGUUUGAUAAUGUAUUAACUUUUAAAAACAGACCAAAAAGUGCACCAUCUAUUAAGCCAAAACCACCAGCUACUAGUCGUAGGUACAUGAAUGGCGUACGGAAGCACAAAGCACCAACACUAAAUCCAUCUUUUCUUCAAGCAUCUAUUGAUACAAACUGGCAAUCUAUUAACUUACCUGUACUUAAGAACAAUUUGUUUAAAGAAAGUUUUUCUUCCACUUCACAUCUUUCCACUAGGCAAUUAAAUCCAACUGAAGCAUUCCAACAAAUAAUAAGAGAUAAGAAUAUUGUUCAACCAAGGAUAUUAAUGCUAGAAAAUGAUGAAGUGACUUCUGGAAAAAGGUUGUUAGCUGUUGGUGACAAAGUUUAUGCUAAAUUAAAAUGCAACUGUUCUUUACAUAAUGGUUUUGAAGAACAUAUUGGAACUGUGGCGUUUAUUGGGUUUGUUGAUGGUAACGACGUGGAUGUUUAUGUUGGGUUAGUAAUGGACGAUGAUGUUGGUAAUACUGAUGGAAAAAUAAAUGGCAAAAGAUAUUUUCGUUGCGAAGCGCAGAAAGGAAGAUUUGUUCGCUUCAACGAUAUCCGAAAGUAUUACGAUAUUUCUUAUGUGGAACCAGUUUUUCCAAAUACAAGUUGAAGUUUAACUCAAGAUUUGUGAACAUUUAAUAAUGCUAAUGCAGUUUAACUCAAGAUUUGUGAACAUUUAAUAAUGCUAAUGCAGUUUUGAAAAAAAAAAAGCUAAAGUUUUGAAAAAAAAUCUAAAUUUUAGAAAUCUCUUUUAUAAUUCAUAUAUGAAGUUUAUUGACAUCAGCAAAAGUUGCACUCUUUG